UCUAGAAGCUUCUACAAUGUCAGCUCUCUGAUUGGCCGGAACAUUCUAGCAAGCGAAGAUUCUCGAUACCCAUUGGGCGAGAGUAUAUAUACAAGGACCGCGCGCGGCCGGCUCUCAGUUUAAAUUUCGAAGGACGUGUAGAAACUUUGUGUAAUGAAAUUCGUUAAAACUUUUUCGCGGUUUUGCUAAGUUCGCGUAUUAAAAAUGGUGGCUAUAGGCAUCGAUUUCGGUACGACAUAUUCUUGUGUAGCGAUAUGGAGAGAAGGUUUAGUGGAAGUGAUAUCGAACGACCAAGGGAACAGGACAACGCCGUCUUACGUCUCUUUUACGAAGAACCAGCGCCUCAUAGGAGAAGCAGCGAAGAACCAAGCACCUUUUAACCACUGGAACACGGUUUUUGGCACAAAACGCCUCAUUGGACGUCGUUACGAUGACAUAGGCGUACAAAUGGAUUUACACAACUGGCCAUACGUAGUUUUAAAUAACAACGGUAAGCCUAAGAUCUUAGUAGAGUAUAAGGGUCAGAAAAAGCAGUUUGCCCCGGAGGAAAUAAGCAGUAUGAUAAUUUGCAGGAUGAAGGAGUUUGCCGAGGCGUAUUUGGGAGAGAAAAUUAAGGAUGCUGUUGUAACUGUUCCUGCUUAUUUCAACGAUGCUCAGCGACAAGCGACCAGGGCCGCAGGGGUCAUAGCGGGCCUUAAUGUACUGAAGAUAUUAAACGAACCAACGGCGGCAGCGUUAGCAUAUGGAUUAGACCAGAAUUUAAAGGAAGCAACGAAUGUACUCAUCUACGACCUAGGAGGUGGGACGCUGGACGUAUCAGUUUUGAGCAUCAAUGAAAAAUCCAUGUACAAAGUUAAAGGGACCGCAGGAAAUAUGCGAUUAGGGGGAGAGGAUUUUGAUAACAGAUUAGUAGCUUAUUUAGCAGAGGAUUUUCGAAAAAGAUACCACACGGAUAUAAUAGCAAAACCUAAAGCUUUAAGGAGAUUGAAAACGGCAGCUGAACGUGCGAAAAGGGCUUUGACUUCGGCUUCGGAGGCCUACGUGGAGAUAGAGUCUUUGUGCAAUGAUGUUGACUAUCAGGGUAAAAUAAUCAGAAAUCAAUUUGAAGAAUUAUGUUCAGAUUUGUUCAGAGAUACGCUCAAACCAGUACAGAAAGCUCUAGAUACUGCUAAGGUUAAUAAACAUGAUAUAGAUCAUGUUAUUCUCGUCGGAGGGAGUACUAGGAUACCAAAGCUAAGGAGUAUGUUGAUUGAGUUCUUCGAUGGAAAGACAUUGACGGCAUCUGUCAAUCCUGACGAAGCAAUAGCGUGCGGUGCAGCCAUACAGGCCGCUGUCCUCAGUGGAGACGAGCAUGAAAGGUUACAGGAUCUACUUCUAUUUGACGUAGUGCCAUUAACAUUAGGAGUGGAAGCGGCUAGAGGCAUGAUGUUCCAAGUCAUAAACAGGAAUACUCCAAUACCUUGCAGAGUUACUAAAGAACUAACCACAUUGGAAGACUAUCAGACAGCUAUGACUAUAGAAAUAUUUGAAGGAGAAAGAACGCAAACCAAAGAUAACAAUCUAUUGGGUUCUUUUGACCUUAAUGGGAUACCUCCCGCCCCGCGAGGCAUAGCUAAGAUAGAUGUAACUUUCGACAUAGAUUUUAAUGGAGUUCUCAGUGUGUUUGCUCAAGAUCGAAGCACGGGCAACAUGGAAAGUCUAAUAAUAAGAAAUAUUGAUAGACUUAAGCAGCAGGAAAUCGAGAAGAUGGUGGUCGAUGCUGAGAUAUUCAAGGAAGAAGAUAAAGAGGAUCGCAGGAGAUUAGAAGCAAGGAAUCAAUUAGAAAGUUACAUUUAUAGCGUCAAACAAUCCGUAAUCGAUAAAAUUGGAAAUUUGACACCUGUAGAAGCGACUAUGAUGGUGACAGAAUGCCAAGAAGCAUUGACGUGGUUGGAAGGCAACAUGGAUUGUCUUCGAGAGGAGUUUCAGAGGAAGAUAUCAGAGCUGUUGAGGAGAUGGUCAGGAGUUAUGAAGAAGAUUUAUGGACAGAGAUGGAGAGGUUCCAAGAGGAAGAGAACGGAGUCUGAAGCGUCAAGUGGAAUUUCAACAGCUUCUAUCGAAGAGAUAUUUGAUUCAAAUUUGUGGUAGAAACUUUACUUUUUAGUAGGAUUGACAAUAUGUUUACUAUGUUA